CUGCUUCGUUCAGCAUCAUAACAAACAUGGCGGCAGGAGGCGGCUGACUGAAAAGGAACGCUAUGCAUCUUUAGCAACCGUUUUCCUCAGUAAUAGAUAAUCUGCUCUCGUUGAUCACAGCAUGGAGCCUGUCCCGUUUACGGAGGAGGUUUCGGAGAGAAAAGUAUCUGUUGUCGGCUCAGAGUUGGUGGAAAACUACACUGUCUACAUCAUUGAUGUGACGGAUGGACAGCACAGGUGGACUGUGAAGCACCGCUAUAGUGAUUUCUACGACCUCCAUGAGAAGCUUACGGCAGAGAAAAAGGUUGAUAGACGACUGCUUCCUCCUAAGAAGAUCUUGGGAAAGAACUCAAAGAGUCUGGUGGAGCGGCGGCAGAAGGAGCUGGAGCUCUACCUGCAGACUCUUCUCCAGCAGUUUCCUCAAGCCACGCCCACGCCGCUCACCAACUUCCUACAUUUUCAUCUCUAUGAAAUCAAUGGCAUCACUGCAGCGCUGGCAGAGGAGCUGUUCCAUAAAGGUGAGCAGCUGCUGCAAGCCGGCGAGGUGUUUUCUCUCCGUCCUCUGCAGCUCUUCUCCGUCUCCCAGCAGCUGCGGAUGGCCAAACCAACCUGCUGCAAUGGAGAUGCCAAAACAGACCUGGGACACAUCCUCGACUUCACCUGCAGGCUGCGAUACCUCAAGAUUUCUGGUACCAGAGGUCCAGUAGGAACCAGUAAUAUUCAGGAGGCGAGUCUCCCCUUUGACCUGUCUAUUUUCAAAUCCCUGCUGCAAGUAGAGAUCACCGAGUGCAGCUCUCAGCAGAUUCUUGGUUUGUCCUCUCUGAGGAUGAGCUUGGUGACGAUGAGCAUCCAUCGCUCCACCGAAUCUAUGAUGUCUGUCCUCGUCCCAGAGGCGAGUGAGUUCUCGCAGUGGGAGCCUGAGGGGGUGGAGUCUGGGUGUCCGGUCACCGCUGUCAUCCCCGUGUGGAGAAAUCUCACCACGCUGGACAUGAGUCACAACUGCAUCAGUAGCAUCGACAGCUCAGUGAAACUGAUGCCUAAGGUGGAGUUUCUGGAUCUGAGCUACAACCAGCUGUCCUCAGUGGAAAACCUCCAGCACCUGUACAAUCUGGUCCACGUGGAUCUGUCGUAUAACAACCUCCGGGUUCUGGAAGCAGCUCACACUCGUCUGGGGAACAUCAAAACCUUGAGCCUGGCUGGCAACCAGCUGGACCGACUGACCGGUCUCACCAAGCUCUAUUCUCUGGUCAGCCUGGACUUAAGCCACAACCAACUGGCACAGUUGGAGGAAAUCAGGAACAUCGGCUCUCUGCCCUGUCUGGAGAAACUCAACCUGUCCAGUAACCCCAUAUGCAUCAUCCCAGACUACAGAACCAAAGUCCUGGCCCAGUUUGGGGAUCGUGCAGCAGAGGUUUGCCUGGACUGUAAUGCGACGACGGAAAAGGAGCUGGACACUGUGGAAGUGUUGAAAGCCAUUCAGAAAGCCAAAGAAGCCAAAGAUCGCAUGAGCGGCAACGACAAGAAGAUCAGUGAGGAGACCAGGCUUUCUGCUGCUGUACCUCCUCUCCUCUCCUCCUCCUCCCCCUCCCCUCUCCCGGCCUCCUCUCCUCUCCCAUCCACCUGCUCUCCCUCUUCUGUCGCUCCUCCCGCUGCUGUCACGUCCUCCUCCUCUUCCUCUUCUACCUCUUCGGCCCAGCAGGCUGCCUGCCCCAGCAAAGAUAUGACGAACAGAGAAGAAGCCCCAGUUCCCCCCAGUGUUCCCCCUCCUGUGGAUCCUACACCUCCCUCUGCAAGCUUUAGCACCAACACACACCUCCCGUCUGCUGACUCUGCACAGAUGCAACAGCCGGUUGUCAGUUUGUCUGAACACACUCACUCUGGGGCUUCUACAAGCAUUACUACUGUUACUACUUCUACUUCUGCUACUGUAUGUUGUGUCUGCUCCUCUUCCUCAUCCAGACCCGUUGAGGCCAGUUGCUCCUCGUGCAGUGCUGCCUGGUGUCCUCUGCUUCCUUCUCACCUGCUUUCCCUUUCCUCCUCCAACAAGGACUUCAUCACCCAGCUUACGCAGCAUCUCAGCUCCACCCUAAGGCAGCAGAAGUUGAAGAAGGAGGGGUAUCUAGGGUCCACUGAUGGCUACUUUGAGAUGAGUCUGGAUGAUUCUGUGGAGGAGCUGGUCGGCCCCUCUUUCAUGUCGCUCCCUGCUCCUACUGCAAAGGAGCCUGGUGGCCAUCAGGAGGAGCAGAGUGAGGAGAAACAGGAAGAGGUCCAGGUCCGCCGGGUUCUGUGGUGCUACUGUGUUCAGGUGGAGGAGGAGGAGGUGAAGCAGAAGGUGGCAUGCCUGGUGCUUGCGGACCAACUGUUGGGCCUGCUGUGCUCAUCACAUGAUUUCACAAGGGCCAAUCAGAACAUGGACCAAGAUCUGACUCUGCCUUUGGAGGAAGUGCUGUUCAGCCUCCAGGUGGACCUCCUGCUCCCGUACUCUCAGCUGUCACUCUCUUCCCAAGCUGAGCUCCCAGACUCCUGUCUUGCUUUUGGACUGCAAGAAAAACCAGCCCGUUGGUUCUACAUCUUCUCUGAGGUUGAGGAGCUUCAGCAUAUUAGAUCUGAGCUCACGGUGCUGCUUCAGGUUGACCCAGAGCUCUCCAACACUCGUCAACUCCUUCCUCGCUCACUCAUCAACUCCUGGGAGCUGGAGGAAAGUCAAGGGGCGCAGGGAGGCUAUCCCGUCCUCUUCAUGCCCUCCUCUUCGUCAUCUGCCCUCAACACUAAUCUCCUCCUUUCAGACAUCUUAUCUGAGGAGCCCAGCCUUCCCUCUCUGCUCUUCCUCACCCACCGACAACUGUGGGUGCUGAAGAUGGACUUCAGAGAGCUGUCAGAAAUAGAGAAGCCCAAUGCUGGCCUUUGUCAUCUCUCCUCCUCCUUUUGUAGGCUAGUCCGUGUAGCCCUCGGCUCUGUGGUGCUUCACCCCAGAGAGAGAGAUGCUCAGGUGGGGGACAAAGUCAGCAAUGCAUCCUGCUCAGACCCACAACAUCCCCAGAGGAGGAGUCACACUGUGGAGCUGCUGCUGGGUGAUCACAGGCUGCUGGUGUGCUUUCCUCUGGUCCAGAACAAGAGCUCCUUUCUGGGGUUGCUGAGCCAACGAAGGUCUGCUCUGGAGGGGCUGAAGGUGGUGGCCCUGCCCCGGCCCUCCAGGCUCUGUUCACAGCAAGGUGAAUUCUCACAAGGUCGUUAUAGAUCCAGAGACCAGUGCUGUUGUACCAAUGCCAAGCAGUCACAUGGCUCCAGCAGCUGGGACUCUUCCUGUCUUCACAUGGAGGAGAACCAACCCUCUCCCCACCUCAUUCCUGGUCUGUCACCGGGUCUGAAGCUCAUGGCUGGACUGGGAGAGCAGCAGCUGCUCACCUACUUCCACAGAUAUAUAGCACAGUCUGAGGCGGAGGAGGUGAGACAGGUGCUGUGGCUGUCUGUGAUUCUCUACAAAUCUCCUGAGACUGAACUCACCUGCUGUCUGCUACUCUCCACUGAUUCAAUCUACUUCCUGUUGGAGGAUUCGGCCACUACAUUGGGUCAUCACUCAGUGUUGGACAUAUCAGACUCUGGAGAUCCAGACACAUGUCUGUGCUGCUGUAUGUCCAUCGGACUCUCUGAUCUGCUGGCCGUCAACGUUGGGCUGUUUGAUCAGUACUUCAGAGUCGUAGGUCACUCAGCAGAUCAUGUGGUGUGCUGUCUGAGCAGGGACAGCUAUGGCACGAGCGUUUUCCUGCAGGAGCUGAUGUCAGCUCUCAGUCUGCAGCAGCAGCUUCCUCCUCCAGAGCCAUCCGAUCAGGACUUCUACUCGCAGUUCACCAACACAAGCACGGGUAAGAUGCAGAACUACGAGCUGGUCCACAGCAGCAAGGUGAAGUUCAUUUAUCCCAGUGAGGAGGAGAUGGGAGAUUUGACCUUCAUUGUAGCAGAGAGGAAGACUCCAGCAAGCGUGGCGUCCUCCUCCCCAUGCUCCUUUAACGUCCUGCUGUACCUGCUGGUCUUCCAGGUCCAGAUCCCCAGCAGUCCACCCAGCCAAGGCUCUGCACUCUCAGGCACCUCCUCUUCUGAUUUAGGCUCUGCCCGGUCUCCAGUUCUCCAGCCCAGGACUCUGAUCCUAACCAGCACCGAUGUGUUCCUGCUGGAUGAAGACUAUGUCAGCUAUCCACUGCCAUACUUCGCUAAAGAACCUCCAUCCAGGGAGCGGUACCAGCUGCGUGAGGCCCGGAGGAUCCGCGACCUGGACCGGGUGCUGCUGGGCUACCAGACGUACCCCCAGGCUCUGACUCUCGUGUUUGACGACCUGCCCGGCCCCGACCUCCUCUGCCACCUCACCAUGGACCACUUUGCUGUCAGCUGCAAUGAAGCUAAUCCCAGAGGAGGUGUGGCCAGCAGGGGUGCAGAGGGCGAGGUGCAGUGGUGCAUUUUUGUCCCGGGAGCCGACAGCAGAGAGAGGCUGAUCUCGCUCCUCGCUCGACAGUGGGAGGUGCUGUGCAGCCGAGAGCUUCCUGUUGAGCUCACGGGCUGAUUGGUUGACAGCGAUGACAGACAAAUAGGUGACUGCUCAGCUGCUGGUUGGUGGGUGGAGUCAUCAUGUGAUUGGGUUCAUUUACACAUGGACUCAGGGUUUGAUUGGUUUAAUCUCAGUGUUGGGCCAUGCGGAGGAUGAACACAAAAUGAAAUUUCCUCCCUUUUUUGGUUAAUAAUUGACAGAAAUUAAUAAUAACUGGGGUGGAGUCGUGGGUAAAAAUAUUGAGACUCACUGCACUAGAUGACGAAAGCAUUUCUGUGCUGCGGGGGGGGGGGUUCUCAGCAUUUCGGUUCUUUGAAGAUGGAGGAACAGGCCACCAAUCAAACACAGUUUGAAGCUUAGUGAGACUUUAUCCUGAGCUUAGACUUCUCACUAUCAGUACAAUUGCGGCCCAGUCAGAUGACGGAGGGUGUCGACUCUGGUCAGAACACAAAAAGGGUACGUCAUAAUGGGCGAAAACCAGUGCUGUGACUUUGGUCCUUCCACUUCUUUGAUGUUGACCAGUAGAAGCGCAGAAUGCCACUAAGCUGUUUAUAACUAAACAUGAUAGUGAUGUUAUCAGAGUUGUUUGGAUUAUUUUGGAGGACCCACGGCCUGAAUCUGCUUUGCUCUCAACAGGUGUUUAUACAGAAAGAGAGUAGAAGUAGUGACCAGAGACUGUGAAGCAUCAGUGAAAUUCAGCGACCUGUAGUGAUGGGGUGCCAAAUAGAAAAGGGUUAUCAAGGCUAAUGGAGAGCUAUGUGAAGCAGAGCGGAGGGACAGAGUCACGCAUAACACUUUGGUUGCUGUUGUCUGUUUACAUUCUUUUCCAGGAAGUUUCUAUAUGGCGCCGCCUUCCUGUUGUUGUGAGAGAUGAACAUGAUUGGUCAUAGAGCAAAAUGUCGACCGUUAUGUCUCUCAGGCAAGAAAAUGCAGGAUUUUAUGACCCUGCAAUCGCCUAAUCUGAGACGGUGACCACCGUAAUUUGAAAAAUCUGAGUCCAGCAAUCAUUCUUCUUACAGAUUGGUGGGAAUCUGGCUCCUUCCCCCUCAGUAGUGUCUGCACAUCACUGGAUUACAGUGACAGGAGACAGAAGAAAAGGCCCGUGACCUUGUACGAAGCCAAAAUCCUGAGACUUUUUUUCUUUUUUUGGCACAACUUCUCCUUCUUGUAAAGUAUCUAACCAUGCAUUGUAUAUUCUUUUUAAAAUUUUUUAAUUUUAUAUAUUUUUUUUUUCUUUUUUUGGGGGGGGGGGGGGGGGGGGGGUUGUAGAUGUUGCGCACACACAGACUGGAUUUGCACAGCAUUGGGCGCUGCAGAGGGUCCACGGGAGCUCCAAUACUCCUAAUUCAGGAUUAUGUUCUGGUUCAUCUUCUAAGACUCCGUCUUAUCCAGACUCUGAUCUGAAGGUGGAUCACCUCCAUUUGCUGGACAUGUUUAGCCUAGCUUAGCACAAAUACUGGAAGCAGAGGGAAAAGGCUAGCGUAGCUUUAUCAAAACAGGAAAGAAAACAUUUAAAUAACUCCAAAGUUAUUUGAUUUACUUGCUUUUAUUUACUGGCUUUAAAACCAAAAAUAGCUUUUGUGUGUGUUCCUAUUCCUUUGUGUGUUCAGCCUGACUGAUGAUAAGAUCGGGGGGGUUUCAUUUGAAAUAGCACAAACACACAGCUGCUCGGCACAAUCUUCUCUCUGAACAUUUUAUUUCUUGCACAUUAUAACUGAUGAAGCAGUAUUACUGAACUGUAUAAUGAAGCUUUUUAAUAAUAUCAUAUUAAUAUAAUUGUUGCUUUUGGACAGACGGAUGUUUCCCAUCCUGAAGCUUAUUUUGUAAAAGGACACAAGGGUCCUGAUAUUAUUAUCAUCAUGAACUCUGAAAUGUAGUAUUAUCAUCGAGUGUUAUUUUUAAUAUAUUUUGCUUUGUGUUUUAUGUAAUUUUGUUUUUCUUACAAUACAAAUGACACAUAGGAUGCUCUCCCACCCGUCACCACUGUUGUUUAACAUUAUUGGGCAUUGUAAACGGGAAAUACCACUGAAUUAAAAUGAAACUGAAAGCUUUCCCAUGAAAUAUUAA